AUGGCGUCGGUAAAUAUGGAAACCUCACCUCUGCUUGAUCGCCAGGGUUCGCCAUCGAUGCCUCAGGAAGAGCCGCGCCCAUUUAGAACGGUUACCUUCGAUCCUAUCGCCGAAAACAAGCGGAGGAUAUCAAAUGAUAUGGCAACCUCGAGGGAUAUUUCAAAAGCUCCCCGCAGCCCAUCAAUGCAAACUGUUUCUGGUAGUGGUGGCUCUCCCAACUUAGCAGCUUUGAACAGCAAGUUCCUUCGUCGACAUAGCCCCAGAGCACCCUACAACCAGGUAACCUCGGCUUCCUCUCCAAGCCAUCCUAAAAUUGGCCCUCAGCGAACAUCCAAAAACACCCAGAAGCUUAAGUUGCUUCCCAAUCCCGUUACGGGUGAAGAGGCCCAAUUUUCGGAAGAAGAAAUCCCGAGAGAAGUGUAUUCGCAGAUCGCCCGGAUUAAAGAGCCAACUGCUAGAAAGCACGCUGCAAGGCUGGGUAAAGCAGAUCGGGACCACGUUCCGCGUGUGACAGCAUACUGCACUGCGAGUUCAUAUUCAAUCGACGGUGUUGUGAGGUUUCUUAAAUCCCGUGCUGAUACUAGAGGCUCUAAUCCGAAGCUGUUCGAUGAAUGCGUAUAUUCGCCUUAUAACUAUGACUAUGUACAGAAGAUCCGGCAGUCCAAUUCGCUUAAGGAAGAUGACAGGGAAAUAUCAGCAGCUUCAGAAAUUACUAGUCAAGGACCUGAGGGGCAGCGUGUUUCAUCUGAGAUCGAUGACGAAGACCAAAGGAUUCGACGGCAGGAGGGCCUUAUCGACCUGGAAGAGAAUCACCAUGGUCCGCAAGCAGACUCCUCCACUGCAAUACCUGCCACCAACACGCUAGACACUAUAUCCACCACGGACGAUGCGAACGGGCCUGAUUUCGACACCACAAUCUACACACCAGAAAUAUUUCUUUUCGACUACGGCACCGUAGUAAUAUGGGGCAUGACACCUGCCCAAGAAACCCGCUUCCUCCGCGAAGUAUCCAGGUUCGCCACUGCCGUCCUCAGCACCGAAGACACGCAGAUCGAAAACUUCAAUUUCUACUACACCCGUGACUACCAAGCGCGUAUCUACAACGACUUCAUCUCCCUACAAGACCCGCACAAUUACAUGACCAAACUCGCCAUCUCCCACGCACUCUCUCAGUCUGUCAAGACGUCAUUGUUUGAAGACCUCGUUUCAGAAACCAUCGCGAAGACCUCACCCCUUCCAGCGCAGAUUGCGGAGACAGGUAGUGUGAACCUGCCGCGGAGACAGAUUAAUAUGCAGAUUGGAGAAUUGUUUAUCCUUCGCAUUAAUAUACAUUUGCAGGGAUCUGUGUUGGAUAGUCCUGAGCUCAUGUGGGCGGAACCGCAGUUAGAGCCUGUGUAUCAAGCUGUGCGUAGCUACCUGGAGAUGGACCAGCGUGUGGGAUUGUUGACGGAGAGGUUGGACGUGAUUGCGGAUUUGCUUGCCGUCUUGAAAGACCAGCUGAGUCAUCGGCAUGGAGAGUACCUGGAAUGGAUUGUAAUCAUCCUCAUCGCCGCUGAAAUCGUCGUUGCGGGCAUAAACAUCGUUGUCGACCUAUACGCUGGAGUCGACUAG